AUGACAAAGACACUUACACCCCCAGAGGUUCCCAAUGUGGUCCUCUCAUACCCCGAGCCUCAUAUUCUUCUUGUUAGGCUCAAUCGGCCGGAGCAUCUCAAUGCGAUGCCGCGACAGAUGAGCUUUGAUCUUGAUCGUCUCUGGAAAUGGUACGACAACGAGCCCUCACUACGAUGCGCCGUCAUCACAGGCACUGGCCGAGCAUUCUGUGCGGGAGCAGACUUGAAAGAAUGGAACGUCAAGAACAGCGAAAGCAGCACGACCAACCUGGACAAAUGGGCAGACAACGGUUUCGGAGGUCUGAGUAACCGGCGAGGCAAGAAGCCCGUCAUCGCGGCAGUCAAUGGUCUCUGCCUAGGUGGUGGAAUGGAAAUGAUACUCAACCUCGACAUGGUCAUCGCAAGCGAAACAGCCAAGUUUGGCCUGCCCGAAGUGAAGCGCGGCGUCGUAGCCAUCGCCGGCGCGCUGCCACGACUGAUUCGUACCGUGGGACGUCAACGAGCAUCCGAGAUUGCACUGCUGGGACGCAUGUACACCGCAGAGCAGUUCCUAAGCUGGGGUGUUGUGAACAAGGUUGUCAAGCUGGAGGAUGUUGUCUCCGAGGCGCUGAGAUGGGCGGUGGAAAUGUCUAACAAUUCCCCCGAUUCGGUUAUCGUGUCGCGCGAGGGGUUGCUGGGUGGGUGGGAAGCAGAAGGGCCCAAGGACAGCACCAACAGGAUUGAGCAUGGGGUAUAUAAGACAAUGGAAGGCGGUGACAACAUGAAGGAGGGUGUCUUGAGUUUUGUCGAGAAGAGGAGCGCUGUCUGGAAGAACAGCAAGCUGUAG